AUGUCCAGAGUGGAGGCUUUUGAGGAUCCCGACCCCCGUUCCCAGCUCAAGGAAUUCCGCACGGACAUCUCCAUGGUGAUUGAUGAUCCCUUCCCACUGCUCUAUGGGUUGGUGGACCGCAGCAUCAUCAGCGACCAAAUUCUGAAGGAGACCCUGGAGAGGGAGGGCAGAGAGGGGAUCCACAAGGCCAUGUACUCCCUGCUUUCCAGGCUCCUGGAGCAGAGUAGGACCACCAUCCAGGCCUUCUGGACCAACCUGGCCAAGGACUACAACCAGCACAGCUACCCCAGACUGCAGGCCCUCCUGACCAGCAUUCAACCAGGUAGGGAGAUGGUGGGCUCCAAGCAGGGGAAGAGAUCCCCACGAGGGUCUCGAGAGUCCCACAGCAGGAAGAGGAGCCUGGGGGAGAGACACCCUCAUCACCCUCACCACUCUCAGCACCACGGCAAAAGUAGCAAAGUGAAGUCAGUGAAGAAAAGUGAAGGUGCUGCAGUGGUCUCUCAGAUACCUGCUGGAAAGGGUGUCCAGGCGGUGUCCACCUCGGUCCAGAGGGCAGUCACUCUGUCGUCCAGUGAGCUGCCGGUCAGCUGUGGGGCCAGAGAGGAGAUCCUCAUCAAACAGGUGUUUGGAUCUGGAAGUGCCAAAAAGUGCAUUAAAGUGGGUGGUGAGUAUUACACCUCUGGGCCAUUGGAUGAGCUGACUGGAGGCCUCAAGACAAAGUCUGUAAAUACUAAAUACCACCACAAGGAGGAGUCCAGCACCAGGGUUAGAGACGCCCAGCGUAAUGAUGAUGAGUGUGCAGUGUGUAAAGAUGGAGGUGAGCUCAUCUGUUGUGAUGGCUGUCCCAGGGCCUACCAUCUGACCUGCCUAGACCCUCCCCUCACCACAAUACCAAGUGGUACGUGGCGCUGUCAGUCAUGUCAUAGCAAUAAGGUGAGAAGAGAGAGAAUCUACCCAUUACUACCUAGCCAGUUGACAGAGACCAGCUCCAGUAACUCCACCAUAGACUUCUCCUUCUUCUCUUCCUUAUCCUCCACCUCUCACUCCAGCGUCACCACAACCAAGAGCGGUCAGUGUGCAGGUGGCGAGGUGGUGGAGGUCAGGGAGACGUGUGGGGUUUGCCUCCUCAGUGGAGGAGACCUGACCCUCUGUCUCCAGUGCCUACAGAAGUACCACACCUACUGCCACUUCCCAAAUGGGAGGUCCAUCUGCUCCUCCUGCAGUAGGCCCUGGGGCAGCUCAACAGACAGAGAGGCGGAAUCCAAGGGCUUACAGGUUGGUCUGACUCCACACACUCAGGAGCACUCGUCUCUCUCAGAGCCCAUCCUACACAAGGAUGAACUAGACUCCAUCAUGGGAGAGGGCUCCAUCGACGGGAUCCUGCAGUGGGCUUUCCAUAACAUCUCCAGGCCUCUCUCGGACACUCAGGGCUACUUCCAAUGA